GUAGAUACUGACAGGAUAUUCUCAACUUACUCAACGAGAGAAUAUUUAACAAAAAAAGAUGAGCAGCCAAAAUGCGAAGUCAAUCGGUGGCAUUUUGGAAACUUCAACAGUGCCUCUGGUCAUCCAACCGCAGAUUGUAAAUGACCCCGCGCAAAACAACAUAACUCUUCCAAUCACGCUUUGUGCAGUUUGUGGGGACACUUCUAACGGAAAUCAUUACGGUGUGCCAACCUGUUUCGGAUGCAGUGGGUUCUUCAGAAGAACCGUUAGAAACAAGUUGGUACAUGGAUGUUGGAAUGGAGACGGAAACUGUGUGAUUGAUAAAGCGAACCGGAACAGGUGCAAGUCCUGUCGAAUUAAAAAGUGCUUCAAGAAGGGGAUGAAUAAGAAUGCUGUGCAACCCGAGAGAACUUCCCAUAGCUACACUGUAGAGUAUGUCGAGUUGCCCUCAUUCCGAGAGUAUUCCAAGGGACUUCUGCCUACUCACUCUGAUCGUCUCAGAUUCCAACACGAACAUGCUCAACAUGAAAUUGACACAAGCUCCGUGCUAGUUCAUCUGAAAAACGCACUCCAGUGGGUGCAACAGUUUUCGCUCUUCGCAGUGCUUUCCGAUGUUGAAAAGAGCCAGAUCAUACUGACCCAGUGGCCACAUCUUUUGUGCCUCGCGUUGUUCGAAAACUCCGAAAAAAUCUUCAUCGAUGAAAAAUUUGCACAACUGGCUGAGAAAUUCAAAUCCCUCGAACUUUCGGCGCAGGAUUAUUUCCUCUUGAAGGGAAUUAUUAUUUUCACGGAAACCAAAGAUGGCACUGAUCUCAAAUUCGAUCGCCAACUUGAUAUCUGUAUCGGCCUUCUCAAUCAGUUGCACCUGGAGUCUUCAAAGUCCAAAUCUGGAAGGCUUCUAUUUCUCCUCGGCGAGCUUAAAUCCUAUUCUACUAGACAGCUUGAAUCUCUCCUGGAUCUUAAAGCUUGUGAGAUUGUGAUUAGUUUUCUUUAAAUUUUGACUAUUUUUCUGAUGCUGUUAUAUGCACACAUUACCCCCAUUUUGCUCACUAGUAGUGCUCAGCUUAAGCUUAGACUUAGGCUUACGGUUAAGCUUAGGCUAAGGCUUAGGCCUUGGCAUAGGUCCUGGCUUAGAGAUUUUCAUUUAAUUUGCA